GCGUUGGUGUGUCUGAGUUUAGUAUGUUUUGUAUAUACCACACCUCAAGAUGAAUACGAUGAACCUGCUGAAGCGCCUAAAACUAGAAUAAACCCGCUUUUGAGAAGAGCCAAUGGUGCUCGUGCAGGAUUGCCUAAUUCUAAAGCAGCCACUACUACUACGACGACGCAAGCCCCAAAGGAAGAAGAAGAAUAUGAUGAUGAAGGCGUGGAAGAGGGCGCAGAAGAAGAUGAGGAAGUAGUAACGACAGAAGCUCCAAAAAAGAAGGGCAUUAAGUCUGGUGUAGUUAGGCCUUUUAGAAGCAAUGACGAUCUACUUGCCGCACUCAAGAGGCGCCGUGAAGAAGCUAAGAAUGGUAAAUCUCACCAUGCUGUAGAUCACCAUGAACCUUCGGAAUCAGCCAAGGAAGAAACUGAAGCAAAAACACCGAAAAUAGCGCCAAAAGCAAAUAAUGCAAGCAACGGUCGAAGGCGUUUCACGGGUGCAAAAGACAAAGCUGAACCGAGCAGCCCCGCUGAAGAAACUAAGGAAGCAGAAGCAAAAGUUGCCAAACCUUCACCCAGAUCUAGGUUCUCAUCAAGGGCCAGCCCAAAGGCACCAGCUCAAUCUGAAGAUAUCGCGGGAUCAGAAUCUAAUCAACAAAUAGCCGUACAGGCAAAACCUAGUAGGGCUAAUUACAGAAGAGCGGCCAGAUCGUAGGAAGACUAGCAUAAUUUAAUAAAUAGGCGUCAUAGCAGUUAUCAAUGGUGAUAUUAUUCAAGUAUACACAUACAAUUUUUUGUGAGAGUUAUCAAGGUUUUCUGGAUAAAACAAAAUGAUUGAUUUAUGUUGCAGGUAUAUAGG